GUCUGUGGCGCCAUCGGCCGAAAACUAAACCGAGAUGGAAUCUCCCAGUCUGAACCGGUUUCAUCCGGUUACGAGUUUGUCGCUCGAGAAGAGGGGAAGCACAGGGUUACAGUCUUUCGAACCGCUUUGCUGCACAAAAGUAAUUCAGAAAGCAACAUAGCGGUGAAGGAAGGAUUCGUUCUUUAUUUUGUGAAAAUGAGGCGGAGCUAUCCAAUACUCAGCGUGUUGUAGACAUUAGGGGGAUUACACCAGUGGUUUCUUCAGGCUAACUUGUAAAUAUCCAGUCCAGAGGAACUGGGAGCGAUUCUGAGUUGAAUCCCGUCUUGUUAAUUAGCCAGGAAAAUAGCUGAAUAAUAUUGCUAUACCGCGCAUCAUUCGAGGCUUUGGGUUAAAGUUUCCUAAGGUGAUUGGGUCAGUUGAUAAGUUGUCUCCUUAAUACAUAACUCUGGUCCUUGUCAGUUCUGAUGAUGAUAACUCGUUAGACACUAGGUUAUACGUAAAAUAGAUUUGUGCACAAUUGAAAAGAAUAGAAAUCAUUCGACCACUAUAGUCUAUUUGGCUAAAUCACUGGUGGAAUUAAAUCCAAGAGAACUGGACAGUGAUUUUAUAACUUAGCUCUAUGCCAGCAGUUAUGACAAUGUUAGCCGACCAUGCAGCUAGACAGCUGCUGGACUUCAAUCAGAAGCUGGACAUAACCCUGCUGGACAAUGUGGUGAAUUGUAUGUACAAUGAUAUUGGAUCACAGCAAAGAAUGGCGCAGGAGGUGUUGACCCAUUUGAAAGAGCACCCUGAUGCUUGGACAAGAGUUGACACCAUUUUGGAGUUCUCACAUAAUAUGAAUACCAAAUACUAUGCGCUGCAGAUUCUGGAAACGGUUAUAAAAUCAAGGUGGAAGAUUCUUCCCAGAAAUCAGUGUGAAGGAAUUAAAAAGUAUGUUGUUGGCCUUAUUAUCAAAACUUCAUCGGAUUCUGCAAAUAUUGAGAAAGAGAAGGUGUAUAUUAGGAAGCUUAACAUGAUCUUGGUCCAGAUCUUGAAGCAAGAGUGGCCCAAGCAUUGGCCAACUUUCAUCAGUGACAUUGUGGGUGCCAGCCGUACCAGUGAGAGCCUGUGCCAGAACAACAUGAUCAUACUGAAACUCCUUAGCGAAGAGGUGUUUGACUUUUCAAGUGGUCAGAUGACCCAAGUCAAGGCCAAGCAUCUGAAGGACAGCAUGUGCAAUGAGUUCUCGCAGAUAUUCCAGCUCUGCCAAUUUGUCAUGGAAAAUUCCCAGAAUGCCCCACUGGCUCAUGCGACAUUGGAGACGCUGCUGCGCUUUCUGAACUGGAUUCCUCUCGGAUAUAUCUUUGAAACCAAGCUCAUCAGCACCCUUGUGUACAAGUUUUUAAAUGUUCCAAUGUUCCGAAACGUGACUCUGAAGUGCCUGACCGAGAUUGCGGGUGUGAGUGUCAGCCAGUACGAAGAGCAAUUUGUUACUCUGUUCACUCUCACCAUGAUGCAGCUCAAACAGAUGCUUCCUUUGAACACAAAUAUCCGUUUGGCAUACUCCAGUGGAAAGGAUGAUGAACAGAACUUCAUCCAGAACCUCAGCCUGUUUCUGUGCACCUUCCUGAAGGAACAUGGCCAACUGAUAGAGAAGCGGCUAAAUCUUCGGGAGACCCUGAUGGAGGCUCUGCAUUACAUGCUGUUGGUGUCGGAAGUAGAGGAGACGGAGAUCUUUAAGAUCUGCUUGGAGUACUGGAACCAUCUGGCAGCAGAGCUGUACAGGGAGAGCCCAUUCUCCACCUCUGCCACCCCACUGCUGGCUGGCAGCCAGCAUUUCGAAGUCCCUCCACGGCGGCAGUUGUACCUCCCGGUGCUCUCCAAGGUCCGUCUGCUAAUGGUGAGUCGAAUGGCGAAGCCAGAGGAGGUUCUAGUGGUGGAGAAUGACCAAGGAGAAGUGGUCAGAGAAUUCAUGAAAGACACCGAUUCCAUCAAUCUGUACAAAAACAUGAGAGAGACUCUUGUAUAUCUCACACACUUGGACUAUGUUGACACGGAACGCAUAAUGACUGAGAAGCUGCACAACCAGGUCAAUGGGACGGAGUGGUCAUGGAAGAACCUGAACACACUCUGUUGGGCUAUGGGUUCCAUCAGCGGGGCUAUGCAUGAAGAGGAUGAAAAGAGAUUCCUUGUCACGGUUAUAAAGGAUUUAUUGGGGCUGUGUGAGCAGAAGCGAGGCAAAGACAACAAAGCCAUCAUUGCCUCCAAUAUCAUGUACAUUGUGGGACAGUACCCCCGUUUUCUGCGAGCACAUUGGAAGUUCCUGAAAACUGUGGUCAACAAGCUCUUUGAGUUUAUGCAUGAAACCCAUGACGGAGUACAGGACAUGGCGUGCGACACAUUCAUCAAGAUUGCGCAGAAGUGCAGGAGACAUUUUGUGCAGGUGCAGGUGGGCGAGGUCAUGCCCUUUAUUGACGAGAUCCUGAAUAACAUCAACACCAUUAUCUGUGACCUGCAACCUCAGCAGGUCCAUACAUUCUACGAGGCUGUCGGCUACAUGAUAGGUGCACAGACAGACCAAGCUGUUCAAGAACAUCUCAUUGAGAAGUACAUGCUGCUUCCCAACCAGGUGUGGGACAGUAUCAUUCAGCAGGCAACCAAGAAUGUGGACAUUCUGAAGGACCCAGAGACCGUGAAGCAGCUGGGCAGCAUCCUGAAGACGAAUGUGCGGGCGUGCAAAGCCGUGGGCCACCAGUUCGUCAUCCAGCUAGGCCGCAUCUACCUGGACAUGCUCAACGUGUAUAAGUGCUUGAGUGAAAAUAUCUCUGCAGCCAUCCAGACCAACGGGGAGAUGGUUACAAAACAGCCUUUAAUACGAAGUAUGAGAACAGUUAAAAGGGAGACUCUGAAACUUAUUUCCGGCUGGGUCAGUCGCUCAAAUGAUCCACAAAUGGUCGGAGAGAACUUUGUACCACCGCUGUUGGAUGCUGUGCUCAUCGACUAUCAAAGGAAUGUUCCGGCAGCCAGAGAACCCGAAGUCCUCAGCACUAUGGCAGUCAUCGUCAACAAACUGGGUGGACACAUCACAGCCGAAAUCCCCCAGAUAUUUGAUGCGGUUUUUGAAUGUACCCUAAAUAUGAUAAACAAGGACUUUGAGGAAUACCCGGAGCACAGGACACACUUCUUCUACCUUUUGCAAGCUGUGAAUUCACACUGCUUCCCUGCUUUCUUGGACAUUCCUCCAGCCCAGUUCAAACUGGUGCUGGAUUCCAUCAUCUGGGCCUUCAAACACACCAUGCGAAAUGUGGCAGACACAGGCCUGCAGAUUUUAUACACUUUGCUUCAGAAUGUUGGCCAAGAAGAGGCAGCUGCCCAGAGUUUUUAUCAGACGUACUUUUGUGACAUCUUGCAGCAUAUCUUUUCUGUUGUCACGGAUACGUCCCACACAGCUGGUUUAACAAUGCAUGCAUCCAUCCUUGCCUACAUGUUCAGUUUGGUAGAGGAAAGCAAAAUCUUUGUCGCGCUAAAUCCUGCAUCUCCAGUCAGCAACCUGGUGUUCAUUCAAGAGUAUGUGGCCAACCUGUUAAAAACAGCCUUUCCUCAUCUACAGGACGCCCAGGUGAAGGUAUUUGUAACUGGCCUCUUCAGCUUAAAUCAAGAUAUUCCUGCCUUCAAAGAACAUCUGAGGGACUUCCUGGUACAGAUAAAAGAAUUUGCAGGAGAGGACACAACAGACCUGUUCUUGGAGGAACGGGAGACAUCUCUGCGGCAGGCCCAGGAGGAGAAACGCAAGCUGCAGAUGUCUGUACCAGGCAUCUUGAACCCCCAUGAAAUUCCAGAAGAGAUGUGUGACUGACCUGGAUAUUUUACUUUUGGGAGAAGGGGGGGCAACCAUUGUGGCUCUUAGAUGUGAGCCAGCUGCGAGCGUCCAUCUCUUGGAUGUUUGUCGAGCAACACAAUGCCAAUAUGAGUCUGUGUCACCCAGGAGCCCUUUUUACAAUACACGUUUUAUAUGGAGACUUGCGUAAUAAUGUUCCUUUAUUUCUAUAUUAGGUCCAGUCAUAUUCUUUGAUUAGAGCUGCAUGACAUUGUAAGAAUUGAAUUCAUUAACCCCCAUCCCCCGCACUUUUGCCGUUUUGGUUUGAAUAUUGUAUAAUAAAACACAACUGAUUUUGUGCUAGAAGAAAUAUAUAUUGCAAACUGUCAUCAAACUUUUGAAUGUGGAGUUGCAGAGGUGAUGUGGUGUUCUGUAAGGGGGGGAGGGGGGCUUUCAGCUUCUGGGAUUAGGAAUGAAGGUGUAAAAAAAUCCUUUUCUUUUUCUUUUUUUUUUUUUUUUUUUAAAUGAUGAAAGUUGGCUUCUGGUUUUGCUUCCAGUACUGCACUCUGUUGUCGGACAGAUUUGUCGGGCAAGUUGAAUCAUGUGCAUAUCUCUCAAAUGUAAAGCAUCUUUUAAUACCAUAAAGUUGGUUAUUUUUACAAAAAUGUUUGCUGUGUGUGUGAGCUGUCGCUCAGCCGACAAGUUUUUGUUUUCCUCAAUGAGGACUGUUGCUCUUUUGUGAGCCUUCAUUAAAAUUUGGAGUCUGAAAAGUGGCUAAAAAUAUUUAUGGGUUAGUGUAGGCAGCAUAAUAGCGUGUUUAAUUCUAAUGGCUUUUGAAAUUAAAUUGUACUGAACUACAUCAUUAACUGUACUGUAGUGCUUCAUGAACACUACUCAGAGCAAAAUAAAACAUUGGUUUACAUUUAA